UUCACCCGUUUGAGCAAUAUGAUUUCGGCCUCCAAUAUUUCCAUCUUUCUAAUUGGUUCAGUAACAUGGAAUAUUUUUAUAUUUUCAUGUAUUGUAGCUAACGUGGAAAAUGCCGUUUUCCAAGUGAAAGCUUCUGAAUCAAUAUCACCAAGCGUUGAUCAUCUCAAAGAUCCAGAAGCGCAGUGCCUGAGCCAAAUUCUAACUUGGUGGUGGAGCGAUGAGUACAUCAAUACCAGCACUAGCCAUUGCAACUGGCCCGGUGUAACUUGUAACCAAGCUGGGAAAGUUACUGAACUUUCUUCACCACACAGCACAAAUGAAAACGAGGGAAGAAUUGUGUUUCAGAAGAUGAACUUAGCAUGCCUUCCAAAUCUAGUUUGUCUGAGUUUUUACGGAGCCGGACUCACAGGUAGCAUCCCGCGAGAGAUAGGCAGUCUUUCAAAGCUCACCCACCUUGACCUAUCCCGGAAUCGUCUGACAGGUGAGUGGCCUCUCUCAACACUAGCCAAUCUCAGCCACUUGUUUAAGCUCACCUACCUUGAUCUUUCUUUUAAUCAAUUAAGUGGUCCUAUUCCAUCAACCAUUGGUCUUUUGAAAAAUCUGGGUUUUUUGGAUCUAAGCGAAAAUCACUUCAGUGGACCACUACCAUCUUCUUUGGGUAAUUUAACCAACUUGUCAAAACUGUAUCUUCGUUCAAACCAAAUUAACGGUUCCAUCCCUCCAACUCUAGGCCGUUUAAUCAAUUUAUAUGAGCUAGACAUCUCUUCAAACUACAUUAGUAGUUCUAUCCCCUUGGAACUUGAGAAUUUGGAAAAUCUAAGGUCUCUACUUAUUAGCAAUAACAAGCUCCACGGUCCAAUUUUUCAAUCGCUGAGUGGUUUCGCCAGUUUGACUCAUCUUGACCUGAGCUCAAACCAUUUUGAUGGUCCCAUAGGUCCUGAUAUUGUAAAUCUAAGCCAAAUGAUUACGUUGGACCUAUCAAAUAAUGAAUUUUCUGGGACAAUGCCUCAACAGAUUGCCCAAUUAACAGGAUUGGUGCAUUUAGAUCUUUCCCAAAACAACUUAAGUGGAAGCAUUCCCACAGAAAUCUGCGCUUCUCUAUAUUGGCUAAAGACCUUAGACCUCAGUCACAAGUUCUUUGGUGGGGAAAUACCCUCUCAAUUGUGCUGCAUGAUACCUUUAGAGACGAUCAACCUUGCCUUCAACAACUUCCCAGGCGACAAUAACUGUUCAUCUCAAUACUGCACGGAUGGUGAUUUAAUAUGUGCGCCGAAAGUUCACCCUCAUUCUCAGACAGAGGGAAAAGGAUUCAUCUUUCUCCAUAUCAUUCUCCCUACCGUCUCUCUCUUUUCCUUUCUCUCCACUGCGUUUUUGCUGGUCGAGAAACGUACAUUUCAAUUGUUCACCAUCAAGCGUAUGUUUAAAAAGCAAAAUGCCCAGCCUGUUUGUCCAGAAACAAAGAAUGGAGACAUAUUCUCUAUAUGGAAUUAUGACGGACAAAUUGCAUUUGAACACAUCAUAAGAGCAACGGAAGACUUCGACAUUAGAUAUUGCAUCGGGACAGGCGGUUAUGGCAGUGUCUACAGAGCGCAACUACCUAAUGGAAAAGUAGUUGCCCUGAAGAAACUUCAUACUUCUGAGGCUGAAGUGCCAGCUUUGAGAGAGAGUUUCGCGAAUGAGGUGAAAACUUUGACCGAAAUACGUCACAGAAACAUCGUGAGACUCCAUGGAUUCUGCUUGCAUAACAGAUGCAUGUUUUUGAUCUACGAGUACAUGGAAAGAGGAAGUUUGUUUUUUGUCUUCAGCAACGAUGCGGAAGCUGUGGAACUAGAUUGGAGCAAGAGAAUUAACGUCAUCAAAGGUACAGCUCAUGCCUUGUCUUAUAUGCAUCACGAUUGCACUCCCCCAAUUGUUCAUCGUGAUGUGACGACCACCAACGUUCUUUUGAACUCGGAAUUAGAGGCUUUUGUCGCUGACUUUGGCACUGCUAAAAUACUCGAUCCUGAUUCGUCAAAUCAAACCAUGCUUGCUGGUACUUAUGGAUAUCUUGCUCCUGAACUUGCAUAUACGAUGGUUGUGACUGAGAAAACUGAUGUCUAUAGCUUUGGAGUGGUGGCACUUGAAACGCUAAUGGGUAGGCAUCCAGGAGAACUCUUGUCGUCGUUUUCAUCAUCGUCGGCCCAAAACAUGUUGUUAUGUGAAGUGCUGGACCAACGCCUACCACCACUGAGAAAUCGCAUUGUUGUGCACGAUGUUGUUCUUGUGGCUACGCUAGCAUUGGCAUGCUUGAAUGCCAAACCGAAGUGUCGGCCAACAAUGAAGCAGGUUUCUCAAUUGCUUCUUUCUCGCAGAAGAACAUUAGCCAAGCAUUUCCACGAGAUUUCACUGGGGCAGCUCAUUAUCCCAGAUGUCUACGCAGAUGGCGAAUGUGAGAUUGGUACCAGUGAUCUUCAAUGAUGAUUCUUGGGACCAGGAUCUACCUAGGGGCUCAAUUUUGGAGAUCAAACUUUUAGUCAGUUUUUGUUGUUUUAUUUAUGAGUUCUUAUGUACUAGAAAAUUGUAAGUGAAGACUAUUCUCUAAAACACCCCGUUCAUUUCGCCGAUUCGAGUUUAGAAUUCGAGUUGAGAUGUGACGUUAUGUGAGAGUUCAUGACUACGUAUUAAAGGUGCAAUUUUUCACUUUUUCAA